ACUUACAAACGCACCACUUCUAGUUUUCCCACUCAACUCUUGACCACUAUGGACCUACACUUUCCCCGCUCCCAUCGCUACUCAGCGCCUCCUGCAACGAUAACGAACUCUGGAUACCUUACCCCGUGGAGCUCUGCCUCUGAAGACCUUUCGAGUACAAGGACGGGCUUGAAGCCGAAGGGCAAGCGAAGUAAACCGCGGCGGACGAAUCGUGCAUGUCUAGGAUGCAGGAAGUCAAAAGUCCGGUGUGUACGAAUUACUGGACAUUUCGGCCUUGGCCACGGAAGAACCGGUAGUCCUAGCACAAGCAUGCCACUAAAGCUGGCGGAGACGCAAUGCGAACGAUGUACUCGCCGGGGCGAAACCUGCGCGUAUGGCGAUAGUAAUGAGGUGGACGCCCACGCUGUUCUCAUGGACAACGCCUCCCGCAUACGACCGUCAACUUCGAUGACCGAAAGCUACUUCGCCCACGACCAGUCGAGCUAUACCCCCAUUUCGCUUGCCGUUUUGAAUCACACUGGAUAUGCUAUUCCUCCUCGUCGGCCCGGCAGCUCCCCGGCUUCCAACGCUUCGACACGGAGCUCAAGCUCCCCAGCGCACCACCCUGACCACGAUGCAUUUGGCCAGAUUGCCCUGCAGCUGCCCAAUAUGACAAUGCCCGCGUUGCCCAUGUCACGGAUACUGCAACAAAAUCAACCCCAUUAUUACUCGCCGAUCCCAGUGCCCGUCGCCCGUGCUUGGCAAUACGACUGUAUUGACCCACUUGGAUCCUGA